AUGGUUGCGGAGACCAAACUAUACGACUCCCUAGGCAUUAGCCCUAGUGCCUCUCAAGAAGAGAUCAAGAAAGCCUACAGGAAAGCUGCAUUGAAGUGGCACCCUGACAAGAACAAGGACAACCCUCAAGCAUCAGAGAAGUUCAAAGAGGUUUCACAAGCAUACGAAGUCCUUUCCGAUCCUGAGAAACGCAAGGUCUACGACCAAUAUGGUCUAGAAUUCCUCCUACGCGGCGGUGCCGCUCCUCCGCCCGGUGCUGAAGCUGGCGGCACUCCUUUCGGCGCUGGUGGUAUGCCUGGUGGUUUCUCCUUCGGUGGUAUGCCCGGCGGCGGUGGCGCCCGUACAUUCCACUUCACGACCGGUCCAGGAGCUGGAGGCGGCUUCCGGUUCAGCUCAGCCGACGACAUCUUCAAAAACUUUGCCAAGAGCGGAGGUGGUGGAGCGGAUAUGGAUGAUGAUCUUUUUUCGACGAUGUUUGGCGCCGGCCUGGGCGGAGGCGGUGGUGGUUUCAAGACUAGGGGAGGCCCAGGCGGAUUCCAGCAGCAAGCUCGUCGUGCACCAACCCCGGAGCCUACUGUAGUGGAAAAGGAUCUGCCUGUCACUUUGGAGGAGAUGUUCCACGGAACAACAAAGAAGGUCGUGACCAAGAGCAAGGUGUUCGACCCGAGUGGAAAGCGUACUACACAAGAGGUUACCCUGGAAGCCAACAUCAAACCUGGUCUGCGGGCUGGUUCCAAGAUCAAGUACCGGAAUGUCGGAGACCAGGAAGAGGGUGGCAAGCAGGAUGUUCACCUGAUCGUCAAGGAGAAAGAGCAUCCCGUCUUCAAGCGCCAGGGUGACAACCUGAUCGUGACCGUCGAACUGAGCCUGAAAGAGGCAUUGACCGGCUGGGAGCGCAUUGUCAAGACGAUCGACGGGAAGUCACUGCGUGUCUCUAAGCCCGGUCCUACGCAACCGGGUCACGAAGAGCACUUCCCCGGUCAGGGUAUGCCCAACUCUAGGAAGCCGGGCGAACGCGGAGACUUGGUUGUCCGCGUGAACGUCAAGUUCCCUCCAAGCCUCACCUCUGCCCAGAAAGAUAUUCUGAAGGACGUUCUGCCAUGA